AUGACAUCUACCAACGGCACUUUCUUCCAGCCAUCUAUCUUCACACUAAUAGGAGUUCCAGGCCUUGAAUCAGUGCAACACUGGAUUGGAAUCCCAUUCUUCAUCUCUUUUAUCCUGGCCAUUAUUGGAAAUGGCCUCCUCAUCACCAUCAUCCGCACUGAGCGUAGUCUUCAUGAGCCCAUGGAUGUCUUUUUAGCUGUGUUGGCAGCUAUUGACCUAGGCCUGACUCUAUGCAUUACCCCUAAAAUGCUGGUGAUCUUUUGGCUUCGCUCAAGGGAGAUUCACUUUGACUCCUGUUUAAUCCAGAUGUAUUUCACUCACACUUUCCAGUGCAUGGAGUCUGGCAUUCUCCUUGCCAUGGCCUUUGACUGUUAUGUGGCCAUCUGUGAGUCCCUGAGGCAUUCUGCUAUCCUUACAAAGAAGGUGCUCAUUAGCAUUAUCACGGUUGUGACCAUUUGGGCAUCUCUUAUCAUCAUCAUGUGUCCUCUUCUAAUUAAAUUGCGCCUGAAGCAUUUCUGGACCACAGUCAUCUCUCAUUCCUACUGUGAGCACAUGGCUGUGGUAAAGCUAGCUGCAGAAAAUGUCAGAGUCAAUAAAGCAUAUGGACUGUUUGUGGCUUUCUCAGUCCUUGGAUUUGACGUGAUCUUUAUCUUCUUGUCCUGUGUCUUUAUCUUCCAGGCUGUCUUUAAAUUGCCACAAAACGAAGCACGAUUCAAGGCAUUCAACACGUGCACAGCCCACAUCUUUGUCUUUCUCCAAUUCUAUAUUCUCACAUUUUUUACAUCCUUUAUACACAGAUUUGGCUUCAGUGUUGCUCCUUAUGUACACAUCCUGCUGUCCAACCUUUAUCUGCUUGUUCCACCCCUGCUUAACCCUAUUGUCUAUGGAGUAAAGACUAAACAGAUUCGAGAGACAGUUAUCAAAAUGUUCACUCCUAAGAAUUAA